AUGCCGGGAAGAGGUGGCCCAUUUCCGAAUUCGGACGGGCUGCGGCAACUGGCGAGGGCGCCGUUACGAGCGUCGGCUCUGGCAAAGCAGGGAAAUAGUGCACUGAUGCAGCCCUCCGACGACGAAAUCCAGCGCGAGGUCGCCAGCCUCCGCGACUUUCGACGGCGCUCGACGGCGCAGGGCGGUGCGCCCCACAUCCUUGACCCCGAUCUCCCCUCGCCGACGUCGCAGAAUGCACGAGACGGAUACUGGACGCCAACUUCAUCCACGACCACAAGCGACUCCUCCAGCGACUCGCACUCCCAUGAAGAAUCAGUCACUAGCGUCGACAGCUCCACCGAUGACCCCUUCCACCUGUUCUGGGUCCCAGCAAACAUGCAUCCAGAGAUCGACCCCGCACAGUUCCGCACUUUCCUCAAGGAACAUGCUCGUGCGCCAGGCGAAGGCGCGGAGGCAUCACUUACCCGCGAACGUUCGCUCGGCUCGGCCUCUCUAGGACGUAAAAAAUCGAUGCUUAGCAGGCAGUACAAGCCCCAGGAAGGGGAUGGUGUGGAGGAGGAGAUGGUCCUUCCACUUCGGAGAAACAGGUCCAGCCUGUACCAACAGUUGAGCGGCCCGCAACUUACCAUCAGCGAUCUCGAGAGACUCGACGAGCUGGCGGAGGAGGCUACCCAAUCCAGUGAUCCUUCUAAGCUUCGGAGCGUGCUUCGUCGCAGUCUUAGUAUGAACAUGGCCCCUUCAGUCAUUGACAAGAUGGACGAUGUACCUGAUAUUGGCGACGAAGCCGACUCACCCAUCAUCGUCCCUCGUCCUGGCCAAAUUCUCCGUCGUGCUGCUCGCACCAAGAUUCGCAAGCCGGGACAGACCGGAGAAGGCGCUCAUCGAUUCAACGCUACUCGCAGAGGCUUGGGCCGCUCAGGCUCUACCAGUAAUAUCGAAACCACACCCUCCGAAUCUUCCGAUCCUCGUGCUUCGACAUCGAGCGAGCUAUCCUCGAGCGACCAUGGUGAGACUACUACUGAACGCCCAAGACGGCAGCGAGUGACCAGCAACGAAAGCUUCCUUGAUGAGACGCCUCGUCUUGUUCGGCCGGAAUCUUACAGCGUCGAGUCUUUCAUCUUCGAUUCUUAUGCCUCUGAUGACCACGGGAUUGACGACCUCGCAUUAUCUCUGACGACCGAACCUACACCCAUCCUAAAUCAGGCCGCACCUGCACCGGAGCCUGCCAUUCGACGCACUGCGUCACCGACACAGCUCCCUACUGUACCCGAGGUAGACUCACGCGAGGCGACGCCUUCCAUUUCACCUGCUGUUUCUCCGCCCGCUGCUCCUUCCCCUGUUCUCCAUCACCCACAGCCCACCCGUGCCCAAAUCCCAGCCGACGAGCAAGUCGAAUCGCGUACUCCUUCUCCUGAAGUCAAGUCAUCCUACGAAAAUGGGACACCGCCACGCUCGUCCGUCUCUGAACCUCCCACUCCUACGCCCGCUACACCACCCUCAAUAGGCUACGACUCGAGGAAGGACAAAGACAAGGAUAAGGACAAGAAGGGUCUCUUCGGGAAAUGGGGAGGUGAGAAGAAGAGUAAGAAGGAGAAGGAGCGCGAGGCCAAGGAGAAGGAAAAAGAGAAGGAGAAGGAGCCUGGUUUCUUUGGCUCUUUCUUCGGUGGCUCGAAGAAGAAACAAGACGAAACGUCUCCUGGGCUCGGUACCGGCUCUCACCGCGAAGCUGCCGCCGCCCUCCUCGGCGCCUCCAAAUCCUCGAAGAGUUACGUUCCCUCUCCUUCGCCACAGCCGAUCGGUGCACUGGGCAAUUACGCGCGAUAUCCCAUCCAUGUCGAGAGGGCGAUCUACAGGCUGAGUCAUAUCAAGCUCGCGAACCCGAGGCGGCCGCUUUAUGAGCAAGUGCUGAUCAGUAACCUCAUGUUCUGGUAUCUGGGGGUAAUAAAUAAGGCGCAGCAGGCAGCACAAGCGGCGGCGACUCCGACGGCUGGAGUGGGUGCGGGUGCUCAGGCUGAGCCUACAACGGCGGCUCCGGAGAGCGAGAUGGACCAGGCGGAAAGGGAGCAGAAAGAAAGGCAAGAGCAGGAGAGGGCGGAAGCUGAGCGGCAACAACAGCAGAUGGAGAGGGAGGCGGCGGAGAAGGAACGGCUGGAGCAGCAGCAGAAGUCGCGGAAGGGUACGUUGAACAAGGCGGGCCCUCCGGCUGGAGGAAAUCGCAGAGCCGAAGUGCCAGUGCGAGGGCCACAGUACGAUAUGCAGCAUCGUGCGAUGGAAAAUGAGUACGGAGGCGGCUACAAUUCCAGACCUUCAUCUGCACCUCCUGGGCAGGCGCCUGCUCAACCCAGAGGAUCUUCCGACGCACCCCCCGCAUUCCACGCUGGUCAACCUUCCGUCGCACAGCCGCAACCUCAACACGCGCAUUCCGCCAGCAGUCCGAAUAACUUCUACGUCGGAGGAGGUCCUGCAGGAGCUGGUAGUACGCCGCCGCAGGCUCCAAGAUCAGCGAGCCCGAGUCGGACAGGCUCUCCGCCAGAAGUUUCCAAUGCUCGGCAUUCUCGAUCGCCACCGCCACACAACUCCAACAGGUACGGCGUGGCAAAUGAGAAGCACGUAGCUGGGAGUGGCGGUGGAGGUGGCGGAGCGUUGUUGAACGGUAAGGGGAGAAAGGCGGUGAGCGCUCAUGCAGCGCCACCGGUGAAUAUGAGGAGGACGAGAACGAGUGAAGGCGGUGAGGAGGAGGAUGUACCACUGGCGCUGUGGCAGCAACAGCAGCAACAGAGGAAACGAUGA